CUAGGGUUCAUGGCCACGUUAGCCCGGCUGCAGGCUCGCUCGGGGUUUGUAGGCAGCCAGUACUACUUUAGGAACAGUGCUGUGGAUGCAUUUAGAAAAAAGGAGAAUCGUGCAGCAGUUAAAAUCCAAAGCUGGUUUAGGGGCUGUCAAGUCCGGGCAUAUAUCAGGCAUUUACACAGAGUAGCAAUAAUUAUUCAAAAAUGGUGGAGAGGUUACUUAAGCAGAAAACACUAUCAGCUUACCGUGGAGGUAGCAUAUUAUACUAUGAAGAUGGAUCUCUACAAUGCGAUGGCUGUCAGGAUCCAGAGACGAUGGCGAGCCCAUAAGGUGCGGAAAUACUGCUUUGAUUAUUUUUGCUUUAAAGAAUACCUGCGAGGUGUUUCACGGGCCAACGACACAAUCAGGGAGGUACUGCAGGAGUUUGCAGAGAUUCAGGAAAGCGAGGAGAAGAAGGCGAAGCUCGACAGGGAGGAAAAGCAGAGAGAAAAGGAAGCCCGCAAGAUGCAUUACCUCCUCAGCACAAAGCAGAUUCCAGGUAUAUACAACUCACCGUUCAGAAAAGAGCCAGACCCUUGGGAGCUGCGACUGCAGAAGGCGAAGCCUUUGGCUCCCCGAAGACGCAGAGAGGAGCCGAAGUCCUGUGUGGGCCUGGUCGACUGGCUGGCCUGCACCAGUGCCCGCUCAUUCCCUCGGCCCGACAGCCUGCCUCCCAUCGACAGGAAGCCCUGUCAGGGGCCCUUUCGAAAAGUCAGCGAAGUGUUAGAGCAGCGCUACAAGCCCUUGGAGCCCACACUGCGAGCCGCACAACCGGUGGACGAGUUAAAGCAGGCCAGGGAGGCGUUCCGAAGACAGGAAUGGGUGCGCAACAUCAGCGACCAAAUGUUUUUGCCGUUUUCUUCCCACCAUAAAAAAGGAAAGCACAUGCCGUCAAUGCUCUCCUCAAGCAAGUACGAUCCCAGUUUCUACAGAACACAAGACUUCCGGAGUGAAAACCCGGGGAAAUGGAUCUGCAACACGGAUUUUCAGACUGUGUUCCCACCGUUUGAUCUCUUCUCAAAGUAUGGAAAAUCUUAUUCAAAAGCUGGACAGAUUGUAUAAAGGGAGAGACUUCUCUGAAAUCCCCUUUGUACCUAACGGCUGAGUCCACCAAGAAAGAAGCCGUUUCCUGUUG